GUCAAACUGUCAACAAGUUUAUUGUGAAAAUGGCGACUACUGGAGUUGGUUUCCGAUGGUUAGAUAUAUUAGAAAAGGAAUUUGAUAAAGCAUGUGUGGAAUUAGACACUUCUAUAGUGGACUUGGAUUCAGAGGAAUCAGAUUCAGUGUUUGCAGCGCGUCAGAAGAUUGCUACGCUCAGCUCAUGUUUUGCACAACUUACGCACAAGGCCCUUACAAUAUUUCAGAACAGUGCAAAACUUGAGGCGGAGCUGGUGGACAUGAGAGCGGAGCUCGUGCAGGCGCGGGCUGCCGCGGCCGGAUUAGCGGACGGCGACGACACGGCGGGCAGCGUGUCAGACGCAUCCCGCGCUCGCGCCGAAGCCGCGCAGCUCGCGCGAGAGAACGCCGCGCUCCGUGAGACCGUGCUCGCACUACAUUCAGAACUCUUCGGCGCCAGACUGGCGACCAAAUACCUGGACAAGGAGUUGGCGGGGCGGAUACAGCAAUUGCAGCUACUCGGCAGGGACAUGCGUGCAGAAGUACGGGACUCGCUUUGGGCUCAGGUAGAGGCGGAGAUCCUACUGCAGCGACACAAGACUCUUGUGCGCGUGUGCCGCGGGCUAGCGCCGUGCCCCGCGCGGCCCGCGCGCUCCCCGCGCCCGCCGCGCCCGCGCACCGUGCGCGUGCGCCGCUCGCCGCACCUAGGGCUCGGCAUCUCCGUCACGGGCGGGCGGGAGCAUGGCGUUCCAAUAUUGAUCUCGGAGCUGGAGGCGGGCGGGCCGGCCGCGCUCACCGGCGAGCUGUACGUGGGCGAUGCCAUCCUGGCCAUCGACGACCGGGACCUGACGCAGGCGUGCCACAAGGAGGCGGUGGCGGCGCUGCAGAGCGUGAAGGGCGACUGCGCGCUGUGCGUGCAGUUCAUCGCGGCUGACGACGACGACCGCCUCUCCGACGACAACUACCGGUUUCCCCUGUACCCCGAGGACGGGGAGGUGUUCGGCGCGGAGGGCGACGGCUCCGGCGCCACGCCCACUGCGCCCCGGACCCCGGACUAUGACAGGCCUCACUCGGCGGCCGGCUCGACAGACUCGCGCUCGCCGCGGCCGCACUACCCCGAGUACAACAACAUCAACAACAACUUGUCCAUACUCGACAUGGACGACGACAGCAUCCGCAUCUCGGCGGACGGGCGGGUGGGGCGCGCGGGGCGCGGCGGGUACGGCGCGCUGCCGUCCGCGUCCGCGUCGGCCGACUCCACGCCUGUGCACCAGCGCCGCCAGCCCACCAAGAAGAAACGCAAGCCGCAGGACUGGCGCACUAAAGGAGCGUACCACACGGUGGAGGACGCGCAGUCGUCGGACGAGAAGCCGGAGCCGGCCGCGCCCGCGCCGCCGCCGCCGCCCGACACCAACGGCGCCGACACUAAGAAGCGGGACGCGAAGACAUUUCGGAUAGGUUCGGCGCGGCGCGUGGAGGCGCUCGUGAACGGGUCGGGCGCGCGCGCGCGGGCGGCGGGAGGGAGUGCGGGCGCGGCGCCGGCGGGCGACGGCGACCCCGACUUCGGCACGCCCGUCUGA